AUGGCGGGGAAAAGUGUGGUGGAGGAACUAAAUUCUGGGGAUUUUAGAUUUGCGACUGCGAACGGAGUCUCGCUGCCGGAGUUACGAAAAUGCCCUCAGGGGCACUAUUUUGGAAAAAGGUCGAGUUCUGAAAUUACGGAAUUAGUCUUGGGGUGGUGUCGUGAAGGUCAGCAGCACAAAGAUUGUGUGUCGUCCUUUUCGCCAAGUGCCAUCACAAUUACAGUGACCAACUUUUGUCCGCCAAAUUGGGCUCCGGCUCUUGAUCACUGGUGCAAUCCACCCCAAAAGCACUUCGACCUGUACAUGCCUAUGCUCGCAAAACUCGCACAGACAAAAGCCGGUAUCAAUCCAGUUAAGUACCGCAGAGUCUCGAACCGGAAGAGUGGAGGGGUUAAGUUUGAGCUCAACGGCAACCUCUGGUGGGUUACCACGACAGUGUUCAACGUUGGCAGUGCUGGCGAUGUUACGAAUGUCGGUAUCAGAGGAUCUAGCACUAACUGGAUUAAGACACUGGGGGCAAGUUUGGGUGGCGACGGGAGACCAACUAGCUUGUCAUUCGUAGUCACUAUGAGUGAUGGGAAAACAAUAGAAUUGGAUGAUGUCGCACCAGCAAAUUGGCAGUUUGGUCAAACCUUUGAAGGCAGAUGA